AUGCCACCGCUGGCGCCGCCUGGCCGCCCGCUGCCUCCCUCCCGCCCCUCCUCUCCUCGGCUACUUCCACCACCCAACCCACCCCCUCCCCCGUUCCCCGGCCGGGAUACCAAGCUCGAGGACACCCCCGCCGUGUUCGCUCCCCUCGAUGCCGCCUCCCCGCGCCUCACCCUCGACUUCGCUCCGGACGCCUUCCGCUUCCUCCUCUUCGACUCGCUCCAAGGCCUCUUGCUUUUCGAGUCGUCCGACGAGAUACAGAAGGACAAGGGGGCCAUGCCCCGCUUCCUCGUCCUCGACCCGCCCACCCGCCGCCGCACGGUCCUCCCGCCCCCGCGCCGCGACACGGUGCCCGAUGACCGCCGCUGGCGCGGAUCGAGGUACUACAUCGGCUCCGCGCUGCUCUCCCGCGCUCACCCGAGCAAGCUCUGCUUCCAGGCUGUCUGCUUCGCCAUCGAGGAGGGGCGCCCUCGCGCCUGGGUCGCGUCCGUCACCAACGGCGACUGCAGCUGGCGCGCGCUCCCGCGGGACGAGGAGGCCGAGGUCGACUUCAAUCCCUGGUUGUUCGAAAACCGCGGCGUGCACGCAGGCGGGAAGAUAUACUGGCACAUCUGCAACUCUCCGCGCAUGCUCGCGCUGGACCCUGUCACACUCAGGUUCUCCUACCUGCACGGCCCGCGCGCGCUGGCUGUCGACCCGAUAACUGUGUGCAAGGUCCGCGUCGGGGAGACGCCGGAUGGGCGGCUUUGCUUGGUGACCGACGGCGAGCAGCAGCUGCAGCUCUGGGUGCGCGGGGAGGGCAGGGGGAGCGACAAAGGUUGGCUUCUGCAGAAGAGUGUCGCGGAGUUGAGCACGCUGUGCGACAUGAUUCCUGGCAUGCCCAGCGACGCGGAAAUGAUUCCUGGACCUCGCAAGCCCACCGACAUCGAGAUGGUUCCUGGCAUGCCCUGCGAACGGACUGUUUGCGUCUGGCCCAGCGACAUGGACGUCGGUCGCACGGGGAAGGUGUUCAUCAAGACCUGGGGAUUUGGGCGCUACUCGUACGAUAUGUACACCGGCAAGCUGGAGCGCCUGGCGACGAAGCGUGGCAAGGAAUAUGGGCACCCCAUGUUCGCCUACUUCCUGGCAUGGCCACCCGCCUUCCUCGCUCCAGACCCAGAGUACAUCCCUCUCCUCUCACUCAUGUCAUUUCUGUUCAGCGAUGUUGCCUGCUCUUUUGCACACUCGGAUCAUUUUGUGUUUCACGUGCCUGCUUGGAGUAGGCUAGUAUAA